AUGACAACCAACAAAUACUUCUUUCAAGCAAUUCAUUGUACAAUAUCAUUGUUGGCAAUAUUGUUAUGUGGACUAUCAUUUAAAUAUGAAUAUGCAUCAGUCAAUCAAUGUACAUAUUAUAUAGAUAAGAUAACAGGUACAGGAUCAGUGUAUAUUGAUAAGUUCAAGGGUGCUUUUGCUGGUAUUCCUUUUGACUUUGAUCUUAGGGAUCAAUGGCAUAUACCAUUACCAUCAAUCAUCCCAACUACCACACCAACACUAUUCCCAAGCGGUGGAAGUAGUGAUGGUGGUGGUAGUCACAAGUUCAUCGACUCUGACGAGGUUAGACAAAUGGUAAUAAGAUCAUUCAUAAUGUUACUUGUUGCAAUUGGACUACUUGUAGUGUCAAUCUUCCCAUCUGGUACCCUACUCUACAGACGUAUGCCCGCCAUGCGAUUCAUAUUCUUCCUCCCAAUCCCCUUCAUCGUGGCCUCAGUCAGUAUCUUCUUAUACCAAGUUGGACCAUGGUUCAGGAAGAACUUGUUUUGUGAUGUUUCACAGAGCACUGGAAUAACGAUGGCCUACGUCGCCCUUGGACUGGUAUCAUUCAAUGCGUUGAUUAUCAUCGUUGUAUGGUCACUGGAACGCAACAAGACACAGGAGGACACUGCCAAUGCCAGUGAUGAAGGAAGUAAGCUCUUGAAGGACAACAAGACUUGGUACUAG